CAUGGCCAUGUCCGCCCUGGUGAAGGAGCAGAUAGAGGGAAUCACGCCGCUCGCCAUCUCUCUUAUUACAGACAAAAAGUUUGCAGUGGUGUUUAAUCAGGCUCAGAUCAGCGUGUUCUCCUACGAGCAGGCCGUAGCCGUGACUGAAGCCCAGCGUUCAGCGCUCAGUCCCGUCCAGCAGACCGCCCUGUCCAUGGUGCUCAACCUGCUCGAGGACAAACCCGUGGAUUUCAGAGGCAGGUCGUUAGGAGUCACAGCUGAAGUCUGUCUUUCCUGCCAUGUCUGCAGUCUGCUGGUGUUCGUCCUGACGCUCCUCCUCAACAGUCAACCAUGAUAAAAAAAAAUAACAUAAAAAUGUACUUUCUUUUUAUUUCUUAAUGAAAUCUGUGCAAUAUGCUCCCUAUGACUUCAUAACAGCACUU